AUGGCUUGUUCUGGGUGUCGCAAGCAGUGCGCGCGGGCAAGGACUUCAGUUCCGGUCCCGGGCAGACAGGAAGGAAGGGACAGGGCAAGGGCAGGUACAUACUUGCAGUGUAGAGGUAGGGCAGGGCCAUUGCUUCCAAAACGCGAACCCAUGCCUUCCUUGCCUGCCUCAGUGCCUGCCGUGCCUGCCAUUGCUCGCCUGCGGCCUGCCUGCGCCGGUCUGUGCCUGCGUCUUCGCUUCUUUCUUUGCGGCAUGGGCCUGGGCUGCUUGGCCUGGGCUGAGCCGACUGGGGUCGGUCGCUGGUGCCCUCUGCCCGUGUUGAAAGCGACGUGGGGCCGUGUCAAGUGUACAGUGCCGAAGGCAAGCGAGAGCCGGGAGAGGAGGGAAGGCACGCACCUCAGACUUUGUAGAGAGAGACAAGAGGGCGCCAUAAUCUCCGUCCCCGGCACUAUGACGAUGGAAACGGCAUUCUCUCAUACCAGCCGCCCUGCCAACAGUGUCUUCAGUACGGGAUGA